CGAUCUUGAUGCAAGCGUCGCCGGCACCACAGUACGGGCUCUGUGUGCCGGCAGGCUCGUAUCUCCAGACGACUGCACCCUUCCCCAUACCAUCCAAAGAUGCUAUGACAUGGGAAUGCGUGAUGAAGCCGCCUCGGCUGCCGCGUGUCGCUGUGUGGCUUCUGGUGCACACUCGGUUUGCGGUUGGGAUUUUCAAAGGUCACGUCGUCCUGCGCGUGGACACUCAAGUGUACAUCACGUCCACUGCAUGUGCGACGGAGAACACUACAAAUCAUUGGGCAGGGACGUUCCACACUGCACAGGAUGUGCCGCUUCUGUUCUGCAACGGCGAGCACUCCACCUCCCUGGAUCUGUUGCGUCUCGAACAAGUCGACGGACUCAUCCAUGUCGAUGCGGCGGCAGACUUGGCCGAGCCCUGCAACUCGUUGGAUACCUUCCCCCUUCGCAUUGGAUGGACGUCCAAGCCAAACCGUCUGCGCGACGCGGGCGUGCAUCUCGUCGUGUCGGAGCUGCGACUAUGGUACGGCGCCCUUCCUCUCGACACGCUCUCCACGUGGAAGCUCCGGGAAGUGACCCACACCCACCCGUAUAUUGCCAAACUGGCGGCAUAUUGGCGAUUAAACAACCAAAGUCGCGUUCGUUACCAACUGGACUCGAGUGGAUUGGGCCAUGACCUGCACCUACUCGGGUUUGACGACGACGUGCACUGGGUGCAGCUCCUUCCCGUUCACGUCCGCGCUCACAUCCCCCCCGCCGUGCACCUCCACUUCCAUCAGCAGCCCCAAACCACCACCGCCCCCUCCUCCCUCCAUCGUCAGCACAUGACAUUUGCCGUCGACAUCAUCGCAGACGCUGUUCCCACGCCCUCCAAAUCCCAUAUUGUGCUCGUGCUGGCCACGCCGUUUGCCUCGUUGUCGGCCCAGGAAGUCCACCGUGUCGCAUUGGGGAUGCAGCAGUUUAUUGCGCUGGUGCCGUCGCACACAGACGUGGCCAUCGUCACAGCGCAAGGAUCGCUCCUUCAAUGGCGCCGGAUGGAUCCAUUGGGCAAGCGUGAAGCAACCAAAGUCAUCCAGGCAACCCUCCACGCUACUACUACCUCCACAACCACACAUGUUCCAUCUACGCAAUCCACCGAUUCCAUCAAUCACGCCAUGGAGACUGCGUUCGAACUCGUCGCCGCAGAGUGCCACCAUGUGGCCAAUACAAGUGUGUUUUGGUCGGCGGCGGUCGUCGCCUGUGACGAUGUGCCUGCGAUGCCGCGGUGGUCGGACCGACUCCGGUACCUAUGGACGCUGGUACAGCACGUGACCCGUGUGAGUCUCAUAUCGCUAACACCCAAUGCGGUGGUGGAAAAUGAGCCAAAAAGUAUGGGCUUUGACCACCAUAACGUCGUCGCAUAUUCGUUUGCGAUGGACGACAUCGAGUGGGUGCUCAGCGACGUCUUGUUCAAGUGCAUGCAUGUCGUGUGCCAUAGUGUGCGCGUGGAGGUCGUGGCGACCGCAAACGAUGUCACAGACGGAAAACUCAAGUUGACGCUGUCGACCAAGCCCUAUGACGUUCGCGCUGGUCGAAGCACUUGCACUACCGCCGCUACUUCCGACAUGCCAAGCAAUAUAUACACACAUAGUGUACACGAACACGUUAUGGAUAUUGGCGUGCUGACGUCCAGCGAUCAUUUGCACUUCAGCGGCUCUUUUGAUUGGACAAAACCCACAGGCCAAAGCGUCGAAGUGCACGUGUCAUACAUUGUCUGCGGCUCGGUCCGUGCUGCCACGUCAUAUGUUGCAAUACCGCCGUAUGCGAUGGUACAGCAACUCACUGAGCAACGUCCGUGCCAUGAAUACACUGACAUCGCGGCGGCGGCGACCCGGACGGGCGCGCGGCGGGCUGACGCGAUGUACCAGUGUCGGAAAGCGUACUUGGAACACGUGGAAGAUAUGGACACAAGCAACGCCCAAAAGCAGUUUGAGCAACUGCGCUCGGCCAAGGAGGUCUUUUCCAAGCAAUUUCAAUCCAUAUCAGACGAUGUGGUUGGUUUUGUUCAUGAAAUGGACAUCCGAACGCUCGUGGACGAGUGUCGGACGCCCCAAGAAACCCCCCAGAAGCCCCCGUCGGCCGAGAAGUUUGCCUUUCAAGGCACUGCCGUUGGCGACUUUGCCUACGACUUGUCCACCAGAUCUACCAGUCGUACGGAAUGGGUGGAACCACUGGCGCUAGUCCAUGCCAAGGGAUGUAUCGACGACGCCGACGUCGAGUUUGCCCAAGCCGCCAAGGGCCUUCGCUUGAUCGACGACGAUUUGAAGCGCACGGAUAACGUGUUUAUUACGGCGAUCGAAAUCGACGUGCAACUUGCUGCGUGGGUCAGCCGACUGCGAGAAACGACGCGAAUGCGGUCAGAUAUUGCUCCGUUGUUGCUGCAACAUGCGAUUGGCGCCAAGUCCGUCUUGGGUCGGCGGAUGCAGGACCGUCGGGAGCUCCGUACGGCGACGGACGUGGCAGAAAUCAACCGCGUGGUGCCGGAGCUCGUCGGUCGAUUGGACGCGAGGCGCGGGGCCGACGACGCCGCCGUCGAGCGUCUCGAACCGGUCGUGGCGGCCGAGAUGGCCGGGUUCGUCCAGCUCCAAUUCGCGUGGGCGCAAGCUCGGUUCACUGAAGUCAAACGAAACCAGUAUAUUCCACCGACUUUGGUCCCGAGUGCCACGUUUGUCUGGUGUCGUUGCGAACGCCCAAGUGUUUGGAACGCGUUGCAAGCACUCGUGUUUGCCCUUCGAACCGGUCGAAAGCGGGGCCAGCCGGACGUGCCGUUGUGUCCACCCGUGCACUCGCACGACCGCCCAUUGUGGCUGCCAGACGAGCAGCACUUGACAAUGAUAGAUCAGAUGGAAGGUGUUGCCGACGACAAGGACGAGAAGGAUGUCAUGGGUGGAGCCCCACACAAACGCAAUGCUGACGCGUGGCAAUUGUGUGCCCAAGUAUUGUUUAUCACGUCCAGCUGUACGACCGAUACCGUGGCGGUCGAAACUGCAGCUCGUGAUGCCAAGUCUAUGGGAAAACCCAUGUGGCAUAUUCGAUUGGAUGAUGGUGGUGGUAAGGGUACUAUGGAAAGGCCACCAGUAGUACCACCAAUAUCUGCAGCAACGCCAUGUCUGCCGAGACCGUGGAACACGGUUGUUCUGGCGGCAUUGGACACAUCGUUUGAGUGCGACGACUGCCGGACGAUGUCCCCUCAGAUGCUAUUACUACAGCCAUGCUACAUGUGCAGCUUCCAUCGACCUGCCACCAGCGCCGACUUUGCAGCGUUCGUGGACCAAGUGUCGGAGAUGCUAAUAAGCCAACCAAGCAGCACUGCCCCUUCUUCCUCGUUCUCACCAUCAUCGUCAUGUCCAUCGACUCAUUUACCGCCGCCAUUGUUUCAGCUUCGAAAAUCCCAUGCAGAGCGCCGCUGGUUGCAGCAAAAAGCCAAACACGUCGAGCUCGCAAACGCCCGCGCGUCGAGCGUGUGCCAGCUCCACCAGCAUAUAUUUACCCGGUACGACCAGGACAUGGAGGACCUGCUGUCGGUGCAGGCCCAGUUGGGUCACUGGAAUCAAUCGACGCAACAGCACCGCGACCGCACCGUCUUGAGCUUGAACGUCCAAGUCACGGGACUCGACGUCGAGAUGGCGGCGGCGUCGGCGCGCCUCGUAUGGUUAAGUGACCAGUUGUUAUGUGUGGAAGAGGACGCUCUUGGCCGCAUCCGGCAGUCUAGUGACGUGGCCGUCGCCACUGGCUCCCUGCAGCCGCAUCGUGCUGGUUUGGCCUAUCUUUAUGACAUUGGCGUCCUCUACCCGUUUGUAAACGCGCAGUGGUACGCGACGUUGCAAGCGUCCAUGGUUCAAGAAGCCGAGAUUGCAUUUAUCAAGCAACUGAUCGCGCUGGAAUUGACCCAAGCCACAACGGUAUUGGCUUGUAUUUCCACGUGGCAAGCUACGGUGGCAGACAUGUUAAAAGCGUAUUUACGCUCUCCGUCCACAGACGCUGCUACGCUGUACCGCAUCGCCCUAUCCAGCGUCAUGACGUUUGUACCGUCUGCCGCGCCUUGUAAUUUCGACGGCGACUGGCUCCAGCGUGCGGUGCAUGACAUGCAACUGCAUGAAAAGUACUGUCUCGAUCAGAUGCAAGACGGAUUUGUGCAAGCCAAGGACCUGCAUAGUAUUGAAACCCAAUUGGAGCAGUUAUACGCUGCAAAACAACGCUUUCUCGAUACAUACCAUGUACGGUCGGAUGUGGCGCCGCUCUGUGCCGUCGAGUUGCCUGCCGCGGUGCUGCGCGAUGCGGCAUGGACGCGGCCAGAUCCGGCGAUGGAGUUGGGGGAAGCCUGGGAAUCGCUGCAUGUGAUGCUGGCUCGCGUCCAAGACCAAGUAGUUUCCCGCCGGAAAACGUACUUGCACAGUCAAUGCUGUUGCUUGUAUUUGCAGAGCGUGGUGGCAUUGGCGCACAAAGCGUGGGUUAACCAGUGUCUGGCCGUGUUGAACGCCACGUCUGCGGGUCUCCGCGCCGCCGUCCAUGCUCUAGAUGAGACGUCUGGCCCGCGGCAAGACGCCGAGCGGAGCUUCCGGUCUGCUAAAGAAGACUUGGCAAGUUGUCGGCAUAAACUGCGAUGCUGUUUCGAAGCACAUCGUCGCAGCCAUGACAUGCAAUUGGCAAUACGCGACAGUAUGCUACAUCUGCGACAGAUCCUGACCACCCACACGAAGGUCGAAUCGGUCGCGAGGCUAGCCAGCUUGAAAACCACCAAAUACUUGUGGGACCAACUGGCUACGUACCAGUCCGAGAGCUUUGCCAGUGUAUUUGAAGAUGCCAGUGAGUUGGAAAGUCAAAUGGAGCAAAUGAGUCGCGAACAAGAGUUGCUAACUGUUCAAGUUGAACGGGCCGAGGGAUUGGUAGGUGCAAAGGAAGCGGCGUGGAAGGCGGCUGUGUGGGUGCACAUGGGGGCGUCCGUGAGGGUGCAGCGGUGGCAGUCAAGCUUGCACGCAGUGCUGCACCUAGUGCUCGACCUAGAGACGAAGCGACAACGCGCGCUUGAACUGGACCUGCACCUACAUGCAGGCGUGGCCGACGACCUCCACCAGAAUGGAGGCACGAUUCCUGCACCUAUUAUCGCCGACGUUUUGGUCGUUGAUAGUACCCUCAUUGAAAGCUCCAUGUUACGACUGGAAUUGCAAAAGCAAACACGACUGACUCAGCGAAGUGCCAACCGAGUGCGGGUACUGGAGCGCAUGUGUCGACAGGAAACGGAAUUGCUUCAGAUUGGUCAAGAAGAAGCGAUUCGAAAGACGAAAUUGAACGAUCUGCUGGUACAUCGGUGUCGAUUCCUGGAUCGGGUGCUCACUCAACUGAACCAAGUGAGAAAGUCGUACCCGCCGUCCGAUAUCCCCGUAGCGAACGCGUUUCGAACGCUGCAUGAGCACAUGCACACGGCGUCCGACGCCAGCUGGCGGCGAUGUCAUGCGCAGGCGGCCGCGUUUGCUGAAGAAAACUGGCUCGUGCAACAUCGCAAGAACGUGGUGCUAGCGGUGCAGUCGCUUCUUACGGCCGCCAUAGACGCGCACGACGGCAACAAAGCCACGCUGGACGACCUCGUCCGUACCCAACUCGCAAUGGUCGACGGAAUUGGUUCGAAUCCCGAGCAACUUGCUCCGAAACGACCGAUGGAUGCGAUGCAUUUGAUGCUGUUUCUUAACGCCAGCGCCAGCGCCACGUGGGCCCGCCAGGUCAACUUGAAGCGCACGGUGCUGCAAGAAGCCAUGUACAUCAAGCGCACCGACAAACUGGAGUGGUUCAAAGUCGACCCAAAUUGCCCUGAAUACGUGGCUGCGCGGGCGGCAUACUUUGCAGCGGAAGGCGAUUUGAUUGUCAACCGCCUAGACAUCAAGCGGGCCGACGCCGAUGCCGACUAUAGCCACCAACAGUGCCAGCAGUACAUUCUCGUACGAAUUCUAUAUAUAUAUAUUGUAUGCUCGAUGUAUUUUCAUGAUUUCGUCUUCUGUAGCAUAUAUAUAUAUAGAAUAUAAGCAUAUAUAUGUGUUGAGGUUACCAAGGAUUCGUCGACUCAUGCACAUGGCACGUACAUACAUAUUCAUAUAUAUUUUCAAACAUAUGCCCUCAUCGGAUUUAAACAUAUAUACUGUAUAUACAUAUAUAUCCUAUCAUUCGGGAUUCGUCUCAUGUAGAAUAUAUAUAUUAUACAUAAAUAUAUAACCCAGAGUGCAUGUAGACCAGGAAUGCCGACAGCGUCAUCAACCACAGCGCCGUGCACUCAUUUGGCAGUGUAAACCCUGCCCCAGCCUUGUUCGACAUUCCGUUGAUGCAGUUAUGGGGGGCUUUUGACAGCAUCACCAUCCACAAGCGCGUCGAGUUGGAGCGUCAGCUGCGGCACCUGGCGCUGUCAGUCGACUUGCGCGCGGCCGACGUGGACGUCCACGAGGCGAUUUUGGGCGGCGAUUUGAAGUCCAAAGACGUCGCGGAGGUCUACGGCCGGCCGAAACGGCUCGCGGGUGGUCAGUUUGCCAGCUUGAUGGCGUCGUUUGUGUCGGCGGUCAGGACGGCCAAAUUUAUUCGCCGACUGAUCGCGCAUAAACAUGCAAUUCAGCAAAAAAACCAAAUAUUUGCGGCGGCGACCGACCGGUUAAGGGACGUGCAGUUGCUGGCGGCGUUGGUCGCGAUCCCGUGCAAGUUGCUCACCCACGCGACGGUUAUGACUGUAAUCGGGCCAUUUCUACGAGAUUCCCGUCGUCAUGGAGCAGCAUCCACGUUUGCUCGCCAAUUAGUGUGCAGCACCAUCAAUUGGACUCUGCCGCGAGUGGUUCGAUGGAGGGACAGCAUCCUGCGACAUCAAGCGCUGAUGCGGGGUCUGGCAGGCGUGGUGGACGCGCCGUCUUCAGCUGUCGAUCGAAAGCGCAUGCACUCUGAGUUCGUGGCAUUUGCCCUUCAGCACGAAUCCUAUGUGCCCCCACAUAUUGACCCGGACAGCGUUGCUAUCGUCGUUCGUCCCGCUCGCUCCUCCACCAGCCACUGGACUAUCGAGGUUUUCACUGUUUUACUUUUCAUCUAUUUUACAGUAGUCGACAGCUGUGAGAGGGCUUCGGAUAAUAUGUAUCGAUUAUGCAAGGAUGUUUCUCAGAUUUUCACCAAUUUUUAUGCAUAGAAUGAAAAACGCGUUGAUUAGAUAUGGAACUUUAUUAUGUAAUACGGUGAAAAAUGACUCAUGUUGAAACUUUGCAACAUCGCUUUAGCGAGAAUAUCAACAUUGAAGUUGUGUUUAAAUGAUCACUUUGUAGCUUGGCCUGUGAGUUACAAUGUUCAUAUUAACUGUUUAUCGCUAGCAUUUAUGCAGCAAUAUUUUAUUCCCAAAGGCCCCCUCACAGCUGUCGACCACUGUUAGUAUAACCAUCGUUCAAUACUGUCUUGUACAUGAUUAGGUGACGUGGCAGCCUCCGCCACCACGACCGGCGACGAACGACGUGGUGGUGCUUUAUUGGGGUCGAUGGGACUCGUCCAACAACUCACCUGAAACAAACGAGUGGCUGUGGGAGAGCGUCGUGUGCGCGCCGACGGCGCACCGCCACACGCUCCCGGCCGCCGUCCGCCCCGACGGCAUUUGCAUCGGGCGACUUGUGGUCGUGGCAGGAUCCAGUCGCUCAAACCCGAUUUCGGACGUGUUUUACAUUGCAUAAAGCGUUCUUACAACCACGGCAUCAAUCACUACAGCUAUCGUCGUUUAUUAUAUUUUAAAAAAUAUUAAUACAAUUUCAUGUCCACACGCG